AUGGUGCCCAAGGCUGUCACAAAUGGCAUCACUGUUGUACACCGAAGAAAGAUUUUGGCAGCUUUCUUGGAGAAAUGUCCUGACCAGUACACAAUAUCACCUCCAGUUGAUCAGCAAAACUCUGCUUCGAUAGUUGAAACUGACCAACCAGAAGACCCUGCAGUUGGUACAAAGAAAGCCUGGAUGAUGUCAGGCUCAAAAAUAGUUCUUCCAAGUGCUGAUGCUGAGGAAUAUUCUGGAAACAUUCUUCGUGACACACUUUCACGUAUUGUAAACCCUAAAGGUUUGAAGGGCAUCACCUUCCACAGGAGUGAAAAUUGUCCAAGUUGGUGGCCAAAAGAUGUGACAUUUUGUAUUCUGUCAGGGCCCAAGGCUGCUGCGAAUGGUAUUACUCCUGGACACCAGAGAAAGGUAUUGGCAGCUUUCUUGGAGAAAUGUCCUGAGCAGUACACAAUAUCACCCGGGAUUCGGCUACUCAAUCCCACCUCUUCCCCACUCGUUGGUGCUAAGCAACCAGUAAGAGAAGUCAGCCCACAAAGUUCCUCUGAAAGUGAUCAAGAAGAGCCUGUAGGAAUGAACCAAACACCACCUACUGGAGCUAAUCGUACCCGAUCAGUUGGAGCCGCCACAAUCAGCACUGCUGCACAACAUGCAAGCCCAAAGCUUAUCCUACCCAGCUUGUGUGCAAAUGACUAUUAUCAACCUGCUCUCAUUUCGCUAAUUCAAAAGAUUUUAAAUCCCCAACGGAAAAAAUUCACGUACUCCAGUGCUAAUUGUCCCAGUUGGUGGCCGACUGAUGUACCAUUCAUUAGGGCAGAAAAUAUGAAAGCUGAAGACAGGAGAAAAAUACUGACAGCUUUUCUGGAGAAAUGUCCUGAGCAGUACACAAUAUCGUCUCCAGAUGUUAGGAUAAUUCCAAGGUCAAAUGCUAGGUCAAAUGCUAGGAUAGUUCUAAGUUCAAAGAUAGUUCUUCCAAGCUCUAAUGUUGAGGAAUAUUCUGGAAUCAUUCUUCGUGGCACAAUUUCACGCAUUGUGAACCCUGAAGGUCGGGGUAGCGGAAAACUCUACACGAGGGAAAAUCGUCCAAGUUGGUGGCCAAAAGAUGUGGCUUUUUCUCCUGCGACAGGGCCCAAAGCUUUCGCGAAUGGUAUCACUGCUGAACCCCUGAGAAAGAUAUUUGCAGCUUUCUUGGAGAAAUGUCCUGAGCAGUACACAAUAUCUCCUCCAGUUGAUCAGCAAAACUCUGCCGUGGCAGUUAGAACUGACCAACCAGAAGACCCUGCAGUUAGAACUACUCUAUUAAUUAACUCUGCAGUUGGUGCAAAGAAAACCAGGAUGAUGCCAGGCACAAAGAUAGUUCUUCCAAGCUCUAAUGUUGAGGAAUAUUCUGGAAACAUUCUUCAGAGCGUAAUGUCACGUAUUGCAAACUCUCAAGGUUGGAGGGGUAGAAACGUCUACACAAGUGAUAUUUGCCCAAGUUGGUGGCCAAAAGAUGUGGCGUUUGCUCCUAUGACAGGGCACAAAACUAUUGGUAUUGUCACUGCUGUACACCGGAGAAAGGUACUGGCAGCUUUCCUGAAAAAAUGUCCUGAGCAGUACACAAUAUCACCCGGGGCUUGGCUACUCAAUCCCACCUCUUCCCCACUCAUUGGUGAUAAGCAACCAGUGAGAGAAGUUGACCCACAAAGUUCCUCUGAAAGUGAUCAAGAAUUGGUACAAUAUGCAAGCCCAAAGCUUAUCCUACCCAGCUCUUGUGCAAAUGAUUAUCGUCAACCUGCUCUCAUUGCGCUAAUUCGAAAGAUUUUAAAUCCCCAACGGCGACACUUCAUAUACUCCAGUGCUAAUUGUCCCAGCUGGUGGCCGACUGAUGUACCAUUCAUUAGGACUCUAGAUAUGAAAGCUAAAGGUAGGAAUAAAGUACUGACAGCUUUUCUGAAGAAAUGUCCUGAGCAGUACACAAUAUCACCUCCUGUUGAUCAGCAAAACUCUGCCUCGACAGUUGAAACUGACCAACCAGAAGACUCCCUCAUAUAUGGCGAUGAUAGUUCAAAUGAAUCUGAUAAAGAAAAUGCUAGUAUACCAAGUGAAAUUGACCAACCAGAAGACUCCCUCAUAUAUGGCGAUGAUAGUUUAAAUGAAUCUGAUGAAGAAAAUGCUAGCAUACCAAGUGAAACUGACCAGCCAGAAGACUCCCUCAUAUAUGGCGAUGAUAGUUCAAAUAAAUCUGAUGAAGAAAAUGCUAGCAUACCAAGUGAAACUGACCAACCAGAAGACUCCCUCAUAUAUGGCGAUGAUAGUUCAAAUAAAUCUGAUGAAGAAAAUGCUAGCAUACCAAGUGACCCGGAAGACCUGGUGAAUAGUCUAGAGCAGCACCUUCUGGAUUCUAGGAAAAGAAGGCUCGAGGCUGAGAUGAAAGUUGAGGAGCUGACGAAAGAAGUCAAACGUCUCAGAGAAGAAAGGAAGUUCAUAGGUUCUAUUGUGAAACGAUCGCGACUCCAUCACUAGUGUUUAGUCCCUCAUUAUCCUCAUACUUAACUGUCCAUUAAUUAUGUUGUAAAAUCAAAGAUGGUCAUUCAUCCACGGUGGAUUCAGUUUUCAACUUGUUCUAAUUUAUAUCACAUUUCUAGUUUGUUGUAUUCUCCAGCAUUGCUCACUCUCAUUCUUGUAUGUAGAUCUACUCCCUCUAUUCAUGAUCAUGCUGCCAGAACAUUUGACAUCCAUGAAUAUA